GGUUUUCGAUACACACCAAUCAAUCAUUGCAAUCAUUAUUAUCGCUCUUUGAUAUCACAACAACUACUAUCUUCACAACAUAUCCCACUAGCUACAUUAAAUAUUCAUACCAUUAUAAGUAAUGGACAAUAUUAUAAUCACAACUAAUUCAUCAUAAUAUGUAUGCAGUAUUCUUAAUUUUUUAGUCUAUCGUCACUCUUCAGUGCGAUACCUCGUUUUAAAACUUCCAUACACACACCAUUUCUGAAACAGCAAGUUUGUAGUGUAAACAUGGAAAAAUCACAAAAUGAAGAAGAAGAAUCAGAAAUAUUUGAAGUUUCACCCCAGUCAUUGCCGGCUAAAUCAAAUUUGAAGGGUGAUUGGUUGAACUUCUUUUUAUUGAUAUUAUUAUACACAAUACAAGGAUUACCUUUGGGUUUAGCCAUAGCUUUACCAAUAAUUUUUCAAAGUAAAAAAAAUGUGUCCUAUAAAGAACAGGCUUUUUUCAGUUUAGUUGCGUGGCCAUAUAGUAUAAAAAUUGUAUGGGCCCCAAUAGUAGAUUCACUGUACGUGCAAUGGAUAGGCAGACGAAAAUCUUGGCUCAUAUUCAUUCAAUACUCAAUGGGGGUGGUUUUACUCUAUACGGCCAUUAACAUCGAUGAGUGGUUGCCCGAAUCCGAAAAACCUAAUCUUAAGGCGCUGGUGAUUACGUUUUGUAUCAUUAGCUUCUUGGCCGCAACACAAGAUAUAGUCGUCGAUGGAUGGGCACUGACAUUGCUUAAGAAGAACAAUGUGGGUCAUGCGUCCACGUGCAACGGAACUGGUGUAGCAUUGGGUGUGCUUAUAGCUACUAUUUGUCCCGUUUUACUAACAUCAGAAGAGUUUUGUAAUAAAUACUUACGGAUAACGCUCGGCACAGGGGGUAUAAUCACUUUAAAAGGUACGCAGUUAACGGUAAAAAUGUUCUAUAAUUAG